AUGUCCACAUCGAAGAGACAAAGCACAGGUAACAGCCGGCCGUCCAGCAAAGAUGGACCGAAGAAGAAUAUUUGGUCUUCCAUGCUGGAUAGCGCUGCGACUGGGAAGCGCUUGCCGGAAAAGAACCUUUUGAUACUAGGAGGCACCCCGGAAAGUCAGCGAGAGUUUCUGGAAGCCUACUCUGCCGACACCUCAGAUCCCAGUCUAUCUAAUGAGAAGCGGAAGGGUAAAGGGAAAGUACCGCCAGUUGCCAACCAGUUCGCUCUAGGAUACACGUAUCUAGAUGUAUUGGAUGCGGACCAAGAAGAUACAUUGGCGCGCGUCUCCGCGUACCUCCUUUCCGAGCCUUCAUUAUCCUUCGCACCUCUCCUAAAACCGCUCUUGACACCGCAAUCCAUCCCCGAAACAUCCGUCGUAAUUCUCCUCGACUGGUCAGAUCCGUGGACAUGGGUACGGCGACUAAGAGAGUGGGUCCGUCUCUUGCGGCAUGUCCUUAUCUCACUUGAUGACGAGACCAAGAUUGUAAUGGAGGACAAUAUGACGCAGUGGAAGGAGCGGAAGAAGGGAAUAGAUGCCAGCUCUACCGGAUCACAAGCGGCCAGCUCCGGAGCGGCGAUUAUAGGUCCUGGGGAGUGGGAUGAAGGGCUUGGAGUGCCACUGUGUGUUGUCUGUCAAGGAACGGACAAGAUGGAGAAAUUGGAGCGGGAUCAUGGUUGGAGCGAAGAAGAAUUCGAUUUCAUCCAUCAAUUCAUGAGGACGUUACUGGUGAAACAUGGCGCAUCUAUGAUAUACACCAAGCCUUUCCAGGCGAACAACCUGCACAGCGUGCUGCACUCCUCCCUCGGCAUACACUCUCUCCUUAAGAAACUUUCUCUGAAAGCGAACUUUAUUGAACGCGACAAGAUCUUAAUACCUACAAAUUGGGACUCAUGGGCGAAGAUUCGGGUUAUCCGAGAAGGGUCAAAUCUGGAGGGAAUAUCGACAGCUUGGUCCAUUGAAAUUCAAGAUCCGCCUGAGCCGAUCAGCAAUGGGGAUAAUCAAACACAAGACGAGGAUGCUGAAGAAGACGACGGGACAAGUGCUGUCAAGAUAUACGAGCAGACAAUCAAAGACCCUAAGCGGAACACCUCGCUGGCGUACCCGGGAAGCCAGCAAGGCGGGAAUAAGGUUGAAAUCGAAACACAAGAUAUGCAAGGUUUCCUCACCAAGCAGCUGGAAGUCUUGGAGCAGCUGAAGAUUGAAGAUGAAAAAGACCGUGCGGCCAAGAAGGCGCCCCAGCUGGAAAUGUCGCCAUUAGAGGACAACAGCCGUGUCAACGAACACAUUGGCCCUGUACAAUUCAAUAUGGGUGGUAUCCAGGUCGACGCCGAUGAUAUGCUCCAAAAAUUAAAAGACCGAGAAGCCAGCCGCUCCCAGCGAAAAGACCCAGUUUUAUCAUCAGGGGACGAGAAAACACAAAAUCAAGCCCUAGCAAACUUCUUCGCAGGCCUAGUUAAGAAGCCCGGUGGCAGUCCCCGUGGAGCCUGA